UCAAAGUUGCUAUCAGGUUGUCCCAGGCCCCUUUGGUUACUCUAUGAUUGAAUUACACGUUGAUUAGAUAAGCUUGUUCUCCUCUUUUUGUGUGUGGUGAUUAUAAAGGUAUGUAUAAGUUUAACUAUUUCUUUCUACACGAUAAGUUGAAGUAUUUAGCUAUUUCUUUCUACAGAAUCAGUUGAAGUGUUUAGCUAUUUCUUUCAAGAGGAUAAGUUAAAGUUUUUAGCCAUUUCUUUCCACAGAAUCAGUUGAAGUGUUGAGCUAUUUCUUUUCUACAAAGGGUAUUUUGAAGUGUUUAACAAUUUCUUUCUGUAAAGGUUAGUCGAAGCAUUGAACUAUUUCUUCUUGAAGCGUUUCUAUCAUGUAAGUUAGGGGACUCUAAUAAGGAUUCUUUGUAAGUUACGCUAUGUUAUGUUACCAAUGCUCUUCUAUAACGUAACUAUAGGGCAUUUAGCUAGUGAUUUCCUAUAAUGUGAGUUAGGGCAUUUUGCUAGUGAUUUCCUAUAAUUUAAGUUAAGGCAUUUUGCGAGUGAUUUUCUAUAAUGAAAGUUAGGACAAUUUGCUAGUGAUUUUCUAUAAUAUAAGUUAGGACAAUUUGCUAGUGAUUUUCUAUAAUAUAAGUUAGGGCAUUUUGCUAGUGAUUUUCUAUAAUGAAAGUUAGGACAAUUUGCUAGUGAUUUUCUAUAAUAUAAGUUAAGGCAUUUUGCGAGUGAUUUUCUAUAAUGUAAGUUAGGACAAUUUGCUAGUGAUUUUCUAUAAUAUAAGUUAGGGCAUUUUGCUAGUGAUUUUCUAUAAUGUAAGUUAGGGCAUUUUGCUAGUGAUUUUCUAUAAUGUAAGUUAGGGCAUUUUGCUAGUGAUUUUCUAUAAUGUAAGUUAGGGCAUUUUGCUAGUGAUUUUAUAUAAUGUAAGUUAGGGCAUUUUGCUAGUGAUUUUAUAUAAUGUAAGUUAGGGCAUUUUGCUAGUGAUUUUCAAGGUGAUACAAAAUUUUACUCUGGCGUAAUAUGUCACUAGGAUACAGAAUGUCAAUAUGACACUAAAUUUCCCUCUGACAUAGUAUGUUAAUAUGACACAGUAUGGCAAAAUAUAACAAAGUAUGCCACUUUGAAAUAGUAUGUCUAUAUGACGCUGUAGGUCUCCAUGUCACAGUAUGUCACAAUAGCCCAGUAUGUCACUAUGACUAAGUAUGUCAAUAUGACACAAAAUUUCACUAUGGCAUAGUAUGUCACUAUGACAAAAUAUGUCACUUUUACACAGUAUGUCACCAUGAUGCACUAUGUCACCAUGAGAUGGGCGUGUCACAUACCCUUGCUCUCUCUCUCUCUCUCUCUCUCUCUCUCUCUCACUCACGUCACUAGUUUGAUUCCAGAGAGGUGGUCUGUGCGGUGAUGGAGAUAGCCUGGAAGCGCUUGGUCUGCCUGGUAAUGACGCUACUGGUGCAUGCUCCUGUCAAUGUGGGCCAGCUGCUGAACCUGUUCGGUGGUGGGGCCAGUCAACAAUGUAAGUGUGAUAUGUUCGUUGGUGGAGCCAGUCAGCAAUGUAAGUGUGAUAUGUUCGUUGGUGGAGCCAGUCAACAAUGUAAGUGUUAUAUUUCGUUGGUGGAGCCAAUCAACAAUGUAAGUGUAAUAUAUUCGUUGGUUGAGCCAGUCAACAAUGUAAGCGUAAUAUGUUCGUUGGUGGAGCCAGUCAACAAUGUAAGUGUAUUAUUUCGGUGGUGGAGCCAGUCGACAAUGUAAGUGUAAUAAGUGCGUUGUUCGAGUCAGUCAAUUGGAGCCAGUCAACAGUUAAGUGUAAUAAGUUCGUUGGUGGAGCCAUUAAAGUAAAGCCAGUCAACAAUGUAGGUUUAGCAUGGUCGGUGGUGGAGCCAAUUAAAACUGAGUCCCAGGGGUCUGAAAGCUUUUAAUGGCAAAGAGCCGAGCAUUAAAUUUUGACCCAGUAACUAGAAGUAUCCAAAGAGCUGCAUGAGAUAGAUCAAAGCGCCCCAUGUAUUAGGCAAUCGAGCAAACAUGAAGCACACUUUGAAAUGUUAAAGUUACUAAAAAAAAAAAUAUAGAAUUUUUUUUUCAGCUCAACCAACCAGCGGUGGUGGCAGCCUCGGGGGGCUGGUCGGUGGAUUGCUGGGUGGAGCCAUCGGCGGCAGCCAAGGGAGGAGUAUUAACGCUAUAAGUUAUAGGUACGUGUCGUUAAAUAAAAAUUGACUUUGUUAACAUAUUUACUCCUGGUUACAAAAAAACAACAACGGUAAGAUAAAUUGCCCUUUAACCUUUUGAUACACAUGUCCUGACCACUGAUUAAGGAUGGUAAACAAUUUUAACGUUUAUGGGUUUUUGAAACAGCUGACCUGCUAAUUGAUUUUUAACAAAUCGAUCAUAUCAUCAGUUUAUUUCAAGAAACAUUUUUAUUUUAUUGUUGAAAUUCCAACAUUAAAAAAAAUAUACUUUAAAGAAAAUACAAGAUUAAAAGAUGCAGAGUAAUGGAUUAAGAAAAAAAGAAAAAAAGAAGUGAUUUAAACGUAAAAUUGCGUCGUUUUUUAAACAUAAAUUAAAUAUAGGUAUAGAUUUAUUUAAAAGGAAUGCAAUAUAAAUAAUCGCAAAUAUUUAAAUAGGGCCGAUUAAAAAAUAUUUAAAAAAAAAAAGGAAAUUCGUUUUGAAAUAUUUAGAUUUUAACAUCAAGGGCUUAACUCAGUUUUAUUAACGGUGCACCCCGAAUCAAUGUCAGCGUCUGUUCCAUAGCCUCCCCACACCCCCGGUGCUGUAUGGGGCCACGGCCCCCAACAAUGAUCUCAUCGGUGCUGAGAAAGUUCACUUCGGGCUGGUCAACGGCCCGGGCUCCUUCGUCAACUACAAGGGUAAGAUGUGCGUCUGUGUUGUUAGCAGGGACUCAAGGGUAAGAUGUGCGUCUGUGUUGUUGGAGCAGGGACUUUUUUUAGCAGGGACUUUUGUUAGCAGGGAUUUUGUUAGCAGGGAUUUUGUUAGCCGGGAUUUUUUAUCAUUUUUUUCUAAUGACAGAGCUCAGCUCCAGCUUCGCUCCAAACACAAAUUUGCUUAGCGUCCAGCUCCACUUCGAGCUCUGGCAAUAUAUAUAUAUAUAUAUAUAUAUAUAUAUAUAUAUAUAUAUAUAUAUAUAUAUCGCACAAUCUACAUUCUAUAAACUUUUGUACCCACUUGUUUAUCUUCUGUUGUAUGUGUUUCUCUAAUAUAUAUAUAUAUAUAUAUAUAUAUAUAUAUAUAUAUAUAUAUAUAUAUAUAUAUAUAUCGCACAAUCUACAUUCUAUCAACUUUUGUACCCACUUGUUUAUCUUCUGUUGUAUGUGUUUCUCUGUCAACUGUAGUAUGUCUUUCUCUAUCAACUGUAUUAUGUGUUCCUUUAUCAACUGCAGUAUGCGUUCCUCUAUCAAUCAACUGCACUAUAUGUUCCUCUAUCCACUGCAGCAUGUGCUUCUCUAUCAGCGGUUGCUUUUGUCUAUCAACUGUUGCAUGUGUUUAUACUUUGCUCCAGGUGAGCUGUAUGCUGGGACGAGAGACAACAAAAUCUACAACAUGGCCAGGUGCAAACCCAAACUCAUAGCCAAUCUCUUGACCCCGGGCUGUGGUAAGUACCAUCACUACACCAACAUCUCCCUUACACAUCAACUGUGCGUCUGCAUUAAAUGCACCAGUGAACACUAACGAUAUGUUUGAAAAGACCUGUGAUGUCUUUAAAGUAGUUAAAUUAAACACACCAUCGUCCUGUUCAGGGAUGGAAUUUGUGGGGUACGUCCAAUUUUUUGGUAAAAAAAGAAAACGGAAUAGCUUGCCCUUGGAUGACGCCCCCCUUUUUCCAAUUUCGAGUAGCACCUAAACCAUGUUUGUUGUUUUGUUUUAUUUUUGCUAAACUAGAUUCCACACAGCUGCGUUGGGCUGAUAAAAUCAGACCCCCACAAAAAAAUAAAAAUUUAAUAAAACUAAAUAAACUAAUAAAAUAGUACACUUUCAAUAUAAAAAAAAUGACCCCUCCUCCAACUCAACACAUUUUAUAAAAAUAGUACUGAGUGGGAAAAAAAUAAGGGCAGUCACCCCGCGAGCUUCAUGCGUGUUGUCUGAACUCCGGUAAAAUGUCACUGUCUCCCCCCCCCCCCUUAUCUUUGUUCUGGAUCUGCGACUGUUGUUUCCGAAGUCUUUGUUAUAAAAUGAACGACGGUAUCUUCUCUCUUUCCACAACGUCAUCUCCAUUCCGGGAUCCGGGAACUGCCUGUUUCUAUCAGAGGAUAAUUUCUUGACACACACGGUUGAAGAAGGCAAUGCACUCUCACCGCGACAUUGGGAGGAAGAUUUGGUUGAAUAUUAUGGAAGAUACUUUGGAAGUUAUAUCUUUUUUUUUAUUAGUUUAAUUUUUUGUUAACACAUAGACCCACCGGGUAUUGUCUCAAAAUACCCGGACCCGGUGUUAAAACCAUGUACACCUGGUCAAGUCCCAAUAUUUUUUUUUUAUUUCAUCUCCAGAACAAGCAGGAACGUGUGGACAGCUGACCAGCCUGCGCCGCGACCCGACCACCGGCGACCUGAUUGCGCUGGACACCUACCGGGGACUCUUCAGGGUCAAGGUCGACACAGGUACGAUGCUAAGUCAUUGAAACACUGCUCCUCGUGCAUUUUAUCAAUGGAGUUAUCGCCUUAACCCAGUUUGACCUAUGGCAGCCGCCACGGCAUUAACCAUCUUACGCUAUAGCGCCCGACCCCAGGAUGUAAAACGAUAACCACUUAACCGGUUUAUCGGUUUCGGAACCCGGUUGAUGAUUAUCACAAGACGCCGAGCCACAUAUUUUUGAUCAAGACCCUUUUCGGGGUUAAUCAUGCAGUAAAUAAAAGACACAGGGACAUUUUUUUUUUUACAGAAUUAUGUUUACAAAAGGUGAUCUGUUUAUGCGUGCUUCGCAUGUCUUCGUGUCUAGCUGUUCCACUGGUUUGACUGGGGGUACCCACCCAUGAAAAUAUUCACAUUUAUAUUGUAAUUGGCACGAUUUAAGCCAACAGAUUACGACUCAAAAGCUAUGACAGGGACGUAACACAAUUCACUAAUACAUUCCUAGACGGUGAUGGUAACACAGUUCACUAAUACAUUCCUAGACGGUGAAGGUAACACAAUUCACUAAUACAUUCCUAGACGGCGACGUCACACAAUUCACUAAUACAUUCCUAGACGGCGACGUAACACAAUUAACUAAUACAUUCCUAGACGGUGAAGGUAACACAAUUCACUAAUACAUUCCUAGACGGUGAAGGUAACACAGUUCACUAAUACAUUCCUAGACAGCUGCCAGCAAGCAAACGAGGUAUUGAGGCCAGACUGUGAAAACUUGGUGUCUUCUAACAGGGGCAUUUGAACAGAUCUAUGACGUGAACACGCCAGUCAACGGGCGGGCGCCAGUGCACCUGAAUGACAUGGUGGUGACUAACGAUGGCAUCAUCAUCAUGACAGACUCCAGUGACGCGCACGAAUUUGGGGCGGACAUCUACAUUGGCAUGGAGGGGAGAACAGCUGGACGGUAUGUAGGGGAGACCAUCUGGACGGUAUGUAGGGGAGACCAUCUGGACGGUUGGUAGGGGAGAAUAGCUGGACGGUAGGUAGGGAAGACCAUCUGGAUUGUAGGUAGGGGAGACCAGCUGGAUGGUAGGUAGGGGAGACCAUCUGGACGGUAGGUAGGGGAGACCAUCUGGAUGGUAGGUAGGGGAGACCAUCUGGAUGUAGGUAGGAGAGAACAGCUGGAUGGUAGGUAGGGGAGACCAUCUGGAUGGUAGGUAGGGGAGACCAUCUGGAUGGUAGGUAGGGGAGACCAUCUGGAUGGUUGGUAGGGGAGACCAUCUGGAUGGUAGUCAAGGGAGAACAGCUGGAUGGUAGAUAAGGGAGAACAUCUGGAUGGUAGGUGGGGAGACCAUUUGGAUGGGUGGUAGGGGAGACCAUCUCGAUGAUAAGUAGUGGAUACCAUCUGAAUGGUAGGUAGGGGAGACCAUCUGGAUGGUAGUUAGGGGAGACCAUCUGGAUGGUAGUUAGGGGAGACCAUCUGGAUGGUAGGCAGGGGAGACUAUUUGGAUGGUAGGUAAGGGAGACCAUCUGAAUGAUAUGUAAGGGAAAUCAUCUGGAUGGCAGGUAGGGGAGACCAUUUGGAUAGUUGGUAUGGGAGACCAUCUGGAUGGUAGGUAGGGGAGACCAUUUGGAUGCUUGGUAGGGGAGACCAUCUGGAUGAUAAGUAGUGAAGACUACCUGGAAAGUAGGUCGGGGAGAACAAUCGAGAUGGUAGGUAAGGGAGACCAAUUUGGGUGGUAGGUAGGGGAGACCAAUCUGGGUGGUAGGUAGGGGAGACCAAUCUGGGUGGUAGGUAGGGGAGACCAAUCUGGGUGGUAGGUAAGGGAAAUACCUUUGAUGGUACUGUAGCAGUGUAGACAACCGUCCUUAUAUAUCUGAACAUUCCUUAAUUUUUUAGAAAGGUUAAAUGGCAUGUCCGUAUAACUCCGCAAUUAUUUUAGGAGAUGCAUGAACAUACUAACCUUGUAUACGAAGCUUUGAAGUGAAACAAAUCAAGGAAUUUCAGAUUUUAUGAGAUCUUAUUGCUUGUUCUUAACGUGCGUGUUCAUAAUAGGGACACAGCAAAGCUGACGUUCCUUCAUGUUGGCGCAUGGUCAUGUCAAAUAAGGUCAUGAGAGACGUAGCCAAAGGGAGAGAGAUAUUCAUAGACACAUUCCACAUAAUCAUAGAAGUCCAUCAAAUAUUCAUAGUAGUCCACCAAAUAUUCAAAGAAACAUACCAUAGAUUCAUAGAAACAUAUCAUAAAUUCAUAGAAACAUACCAUAAAUUCAUAUGAACAUACCAUAUGUUCAUAGAAACAUACCAUAUAUACAUUGAAACAUACCAUAUAUUCACACAAAAAUAAAAUAUAUAUAGAAACAUACCAUAUAUUCAUAGAGACAUAUCAUACAUUCAUAGAAACAUAUCAUAUAGUCAUAGAGACAUACCAUAUAGUCAUAGAAACAUAUCAUAUAUUCAUAGAAACAUAUAAUCUAUUCAUUGAAACAUAUCAUCUAUUUAUAGAUAAAUACCAUAUAUUCAUAGAGACAUACCAUACAUUCAUAGAAACAUAUCAUAUAGUCAUAGAGGCAUACCAUAUAUUCAUAGAAAUAUACCAUAUAUUUAUAGAGACAUGCAAUAUAGUCAUAGAAACACACGAGUUAGUCAUAGAAACAUACCAUAAAGUCAUAGAAACAUACCAUAUAGUCAUAGAGACAUACCACAUAGUCAUAGGAACAUACCACAUAGUCAUAGAUACAUACCACGUAGUCAUAGAGGCAUACCACAUAGUUAUAGAGACAUACCAUAUAGUCAUAGAGACAUACCAUGUAGUCAUAGAGACAUACCACAUAGUCAUAGGGACAUACCACAUAGUCAUAGAAACAUACCAUAUAGUUAUACAUUUGAUACAUUUUUUAGCCUCAUAGUUUCAAACAGUUUACAGAAAAUAUUGUCCGUAAAAAAUGUGCUAGUCUGUAAAAAGUUAGAAGAUUUAAACGAAAUGUCCUUAUAUAUAUAUUUUUUUUUUAUUAAGUUGGUAUCGCUGUCCUUGAACGGUUAGUAAGGGAGGCUAUUCGGACGGUAAAGAGGAGGAGACUAUCAAGACAGUACGUAAACAGUUGGAACAGUUUGUCAUCUGUGGACGGGUGUCUAGUUAUCAUGGUCUGGAUACUGUUAAAGCCGGACCGAUUAAGGCUCAUAUGCUAGCAUUCAGAUGACGGCUCUGGGUGGUUGAAGACCCCAAUACUAGCAUUCAGAUGAUGGCUCUGGGGGAUUGAAGACCUCCCCCCCCCCCCAGAGAGCUACAGAUAGACAGAGGGAACCAUUCAAAAAUACAUCUUUGUGUUCCAUAGAACUGCCAAAUAAGCUAUACAGCUAGGCCGGUGUUCUGCAAUUAGAAUGCUCUCUUCUAAUCACCAAGUAUAAAACACACCUCGGCAUUAAUCGCAAUGAUUGUAUAGCCUCCCUGUUGACUGUCAGACAGUACAGCUUUAACCCACCCCCCACACAAAUUUCCCUAAAACGAUUGUGUCAUUACAAACAAUUCCUAGACCGAGCGAAAAAUCAUCUCAUUUUAUCCCAUCCCAUGUCGAAUGAUGACGCCGAUAUCUUACCACCCCCACCCCACCCCCCACCCCUCAGGCUCAUCUCGUUCAUCCCAAAGACUGGAGCCCUACAGGAACUCCUGCCCAACGCCUUCGCGUUUCCAAACGGCAUCGAGCUGACCCAGGACAACACAGCACUGCUGGUGGCAGAGACUGGGCGUGUCCGCAUUCAAAGGUGGGUCUUCAAGUGGCACGGCUGGAUCAUACCAGCUCAAUCAUACCAUCUAUAUCAUACCAUCUAUUUCAUAACAGCUAUAGCAUACCAGCUACAACACAAUCUACAUCAUACCAGCUACAUCAUACCAGCUACAUCACACCAGCUUCAUCAUACCAGCUAUAUCAUACCACCUCCAUCAGUGGUUCUCAACCUUCCUAAUGCCGCGACCCCUUGAUACAGUUCCUCAAAGUUCCCCCAACACAAAAUUAUUUUCGUUGCUUCUUCAUACAUGCAGAGUGUAUGUGUUUUCCGAUGGUCUUACGCGACCCCUGUAAAAGAGUCAUUGGACCCCCAAAGGGGUUGCGACCCACAGGUUGAGAACCGCUGACCUACAUCAUACCAUCCGCAUCAUACAGCUAUAUCAUGAAGCUAUAUCAUACCAGCUACAUCAUACCAGCUGUAGCAUACUAUGUUUAUACGUGCAUCAUAUGCACUUCAAUGUUGAAAGGUACAUGAAAUGAUUGUGUUUGUAAAACGCAACAACACCCCCCCCCACCCCCAAUACUUCCUUGAGCCUGAAGACAAGCACAUUUAAAAAAUUCGAAAUUUAAGUAUUCGCCAAUAAAUUAUAAAAUAAAGUUCCACUAAUAACAUUUCUAUUGACGACAAACCCGAUGGCAUAGCUAUGCCCCCCUCCUCCUCCCCCCUUUUCCAGUUUUGAUAUCGGAUUUGUCUAAAACUAUACACAUUUUAUUUGCCACUCUUAAAUUUUACAAAUUUAGAAAAUCUACGAAUAAUUAAUUCUUUUUUAUUUGUAACGAAACAAUCUUCAUACGUAUGUUUUACUGUUUGGCCUCCUUCCACCCGGCGUCUCACGUCCGGCGUCACAGGGUCAGCCUCCAGCGUCCAACAUGGCUGCAGGUGACGACCUUCGCCUACAACCUCCCCGGCCUGCCGGACAAUAUCCGCGCCACCGACCGCGGCACCUACUGGGUCGGGAUGAGCUAUCCGAGACACUCGAGAUCCCAGAAUCCCAUGGACCAGUACUCGACCAAUAGCUACUACAGGAGCAUCGGCGCUUCCGUAAGUUGGGUGCAGCACUACCAGAAAUUAAAGAAAGGCUUGGGGGAAAGAAAGGGGGUGUUGGCUGUCUGCAGUUCUCAGGGCUAAAUAAAUAAUUGAUCUUUGUUUCAAUCAGACAUUUUGGAUUCUUUAACAUUUUGGUUUAAUUCUUAAGGAAAUUAUUCACAAUCAAAAGUAAGUAGACCAUAAUCACCUUAAAGAGUUAAUUUGACAACUAACUUGUAAAGCUUACCUCAAUUUAAUCUCUUUCUGAAUAAAGUUAUUCCUUUACUUAUCUCAAUUAUCUCCUUAAUUAUCUCAGUUAUUCCCUACUAAUCUCAAUUAUCUCCUUAAUUAUCUCAGUUAUUACCUACUUAUCUCAAUUAUCUCCAUAAUUAUCUCAUUCCCUACUUAUCUCAAUUAUCUCCUUAAUUAUCUCAGUUAUUCCCUACUUAUCUCAAUUAUUUCCUUAAUUAUCUCAGUUAUUCCCUACUUAUCUCAAUUAUUUCCUUAAUUAUCUCAGUUAUUCCCUUACUUAUCUCUAUUAUCUCCUUAAUUAUCUCAUUCCCUACUUAUCUCAAUUAUCUACUUAAUUAUCUCAUUCCCUACUUAUCUCAAUUAUCUCCUUAAUUAUCUCAGUUAUUCCCUUACUUAUCUCAAUUAUCUCCUUAAUUAUCUCAGUUAUUCCCUACUUAUCUAAAUAAUCUCCUUAAUUAUCUCAGUUAUUCCCUACUUAUCUCAAUUAUCUCCUUAAUUAUCUCAGUUAUUCCCUUACUUAUCUCAAGUAUCUCCUUAAUUAUCUCAGUUAUUACCUACUUAUCUCAAUUAUCUCCAUAAUUAUUUCAGUUAUUACCUACUUAUCUCAAUUAUCUCCUUAAUUAUCUCAGUUAUUCCCUUACUUAUCUCAAUUAUCUCCUUAAUUAUCUGAGUUAUUACCUACUUAUCUCAAUUAUCUCCUUAAUUAUCUCAGUUAUUACCUACUUAUCUCAAUUAUCUCCAUAAUUAUCUCAGUUAUUCCCUUACUUAUCUCAAUUAUCUCCUUAAUUAUCUCAAUUAAUACCUACUUAUCUCAAUUCUCUCCUUAAUUAUCUCAGCUAUUCCCUUACUUAUCUCAAUUAUCUCCUUACUUAUCUCAAUUAUUGCCUUACUUACCUCAAUUACUCCCUUACUUACCUCAGUUACUCCCUUACUUAUCUCAAUUAUCUCCUUACUCAUCUUGAUUACUCCCUUAGUUAUCUUAAUUACUCCAUUAUUUACCGCAACUAUUCCCUUACUUACAUCAAGAAUCUCACCUACCUACCUCAAUUAUGAACCUCACUUCUGUCAAUUACUCUCCUCCCAGAGAAUGAGCUACCAGCAGCUCAAUGACAUGUUCACAAAGUGGGGCAUCGCCGUGGAGGUCAACUCUCAAGGGCAGAUCAUCAAAUCGAUACAGGACCCAACAGGUGGGGCUUCAGAUGACAAUGCUCCACGUUAUAAAAAAAAAAACAAAAAAAAACCAAAACCCCACGAUAUUACACAAGUCGUAGAGUAACUGGGACACUUUACGUAAUGUCACAUUUAAUUCACACAAUAAGGAAAUGCUAAACAGGUCUCAUUUACAUUUUUGAAAGAUUUAACCUCCAAGGAAAAAAUCCAGGUUUCAAAUUAUAACUUUAAAAAAAACAAAAAACUCCACAGUUUUCCACCUGAAUGAAAUCGCCCUCCCCCCCCCCACCCCACUCUUUUUUUUUUGUUCUUAAUUUUUUUUUCCACCGUCCAGGUAGAACAAUGGCAAUAUUGAAAGAUUUAACCUCCAAGGAAAAAAUCCAGGUUUCAAAUUAAAACUUUAAAAAAAACAAAAAACUCCAAAUUUUUCCACCUGAAUGAAAUCGCCCUCCCCCCCCCCACCCCACUCUUUUUUUUUUGUUCUUAAUUUUUUUUUCCACCGUCCAGGUAGAACAAUGGCAAUGGUGAGCGAGGUCAGUGAAUUCGGAGGGGUUCUCAACAUUGGCUCCCCGGACAUCAACUACAUGGCUCGGCUGGUCAUCCCGCAGCGCGGGUUCAAGGUGGACAGUUUCGUCGCUGUGAGUGAAGCAUCGCUUUCAUGUUAACACGAUACUUUGAUGUUAACUCGAUACUUUGAUGUUAACUCAAUACUUUGAUGUUAACUCGAUAUUUUGAUGUUAACUCGAUACUUUGAUGUUAACUCGAUACCUUGAUAGUGAUGGUGAUGGGGCUGAACUUGGGACGUGUAGAGUUUACAUGCCGAUGGAAGAUGGCGCUGCUCUGAUACAAAGACGUUGUUCGUGAUAUUCUUUGUGUUCAACCUAGUAGACUUUCGGAGUUUAUGCUGGUGUCCAGGAGAAAUACAUUCUAAUGUUCAUAUCAUGUUUGGACAUCUGUAUAUAUAAACUGGACAUCUGUCUAUAUAAACUGGACAUCUGUCAAUAUAAACUGGACAUUGUCUAUAUAAACUGGACAUCUGUAUAUAUAAACUGGACAUCUGUCUAUAUAAAUUGGACAUUGUCUAUAUAAACUGAAUAUCUGUAUAUAUUAACUGGACAUCUGUAUAUAUGAACUGGACAUCUGUCUAUAUAAACUGAAUAUCUGUAUAUAUUAACUGGACAUCUGUAUUUAUAUGAACUGGACAUCUGUAUAUAUUAACUCGACAUCUGUAUAUAUAAACUGGACAUCUAUUUUUAAACUGGACAUCUUUAUUUAUAUAUAUAUAUAUAUAUAUGUAUAUAUAUAUAUAUAUAUAUAUAUAUAUAUAUAUAUAAAUGUAAACUAGACAUACGUAUUUAAAUAAACAUGCUCUAACCUAACGCGUCUGUCAUUUUGACAAUAUAUAUUAACUCUCGAUAUGUAUAUAUAUAUAAGAUAUAUAUUUUUUUAAUAGAUAUAUAUAUAUAUAUAUAUAUAUAUAUAUAUAUAUAUAUAUAUAUAUAUAUAUAUAUAUAUAUAUAUAAAUGUAAACUGGACAUCCGUAUUUAAAUAAACAUGCUCUAACCUAAGGCGUCUGUCAUUUUGACGAGUGUCGUGUAUUUGUGACGCAGGUGGCCAGGAGCCGAUGUCAGCUCGACGACGCCAAGGUCCAGGAAGCCAGGAAGACGCUGGAGGCCCAGUUGAACAAAUCAGCACCGGCGACGUCAACGAAAAAACCGUAGCAACCUGAGAUGGUAGGGUUGA